AUGGAAAAACUCUGUGUUAAUUGCUGUGGCAACCACUGUGCCCCACUGAUUGCCAUCGACAUAGACCCAGUCAAGAUUGCCUGUGCACGUAGAAAUGCCGAGUUAUACGGAGUGGCCGACCACAUAGAGUUCCUGGUGGGAGACUACCUCACAUUAGUACCACACCUCAAGGCAGUGGAUGUGGUAUUCCUGAGUCCUCCGUGGGGUGGCCCCGCCUACUCUUCCUCCUCCGUCUUUGACCUUCACUCCAUGUCUCCUCUGAAUGGAUAUCCUCCUCUGUCCUCUCUUUCUUUUCUUCCCCUCACCCACACACACUGACCAAUGUUAUGAUAGCUCCACGCUGCGGUCUAGAAGCCAAGUGGCUGCAAUUAGCAUAUCAGUUGUUGUUUUGAUAGCCAGCCUCUACCUUGGAGCCAUAAGUCUUUGUCCUCAAUAAAAAGUUUUUUUUCAAAACGUCCCCACAACCUGCCAUGUUUGCCUAGUUUCUUUUGGGAAUGUUUUAUCUCUAAUCCCAUGGUAACUGGUAAACAAUUCUUUAUAUCCCUGUGCUGUUUUUGACACCUUAAGAUGUUGGGAAUAAUGUUGAA